AUGAUGUUAGACUCCUUUAAGAAAGACUCAGUGUCUGGUCAUAUAUACUCACUGCCGCAAGGUAUCGAAGUGAUUUGUGACAACAAGAAAGAACAUGGUAUCUUGGAGGUCAGAUCGAAGGCAACAGCACACUACCGAGUCUCAAGAGGCGGUCACAGAAUUAUUCUAUGGAACAAUUCUCCCAUAACUAACCCUCUUGAAAGCGACAAGAAAUUUCGAAAAGAGAAGAAAAGACUGGAGAAACACAUUGCCAGCGUUUUCGAAGGCAAAGGGAGGGGAUUAUUUUCGAUUGACUUCAGCCAAUGCGAGGUGAAGACAAACAUGAUCAAUCAAUGCCAGAUUUCCAGUUACAUUCCGAAUUGUUUCAAUCCAAUCGUCUUUCAACCAUUCGCCUUUUUUAUAGAUGGCGUAAGAUCAGGCGGUGCGUAUUUCACGGUAUCGUCGACCCUUCCUCUUCAAAGCGAGAAAACAAUUAAUUUGAAGUGCCACGCCGUCCAGAAAGUUAUCACUGGUUUAUGUCUUCGUCCAAACUUGCUAAUGAUAACCGAGAAAGGUGAUUAUGCCGAUCUGGUUGAUAUGAUCCACUUGAACGUCCCCCAGUUUCAGGAAAAGAAGAUAGUCGACUUCAAGAAAAUCGAUGGAAUACAUCCUUACGAGACGGCAAACGUGGAGAUGCUGCAGAAUCUUUUGCCUUUUUUCACUACUAUUUCUCAAACUGGAUCACCUGCCCUGUUUUUUCACUUACCCCUCACAGAGUUCCUCAUUCACGGAAUAAGCAUAUUCUUGGCAGGAAACAUGACCCUUGAAGCACUCGAUGUUUACGCCAACCUCCUUGUCAACUACGCAUCAGGACUGCAGCGGAAGCUGUUGGCAUGCCUAGAGAAUGUGAUCAUUCAGUUUAGUUCGCCUCUUGAAGCCUUAGUCCAAAGUAUUGCUCUUUCCGAGGGUUCGUUUACCCGGCAGUUUUUUCAAAAUAUUGGCAUACCACUAGGGCAGGAUAAACCCGACAGAAACUUGGGGAGAGAAGUUGCAUAUGUGGCCUUGCAAUACCUGAAAGCGCAACCGGGAAUUGCUGGACUCGCGUGGACGACGAUAAGUGAACAGGUUCUGCAAGAUGGACGAGAUCUUUCCCUAAAGUGUCUUACUGAUUGGAGCAACAGUGUCCACGUUGCUAUACAGUCUUUUGGAUCAUUGGAUGGUGAGGUGGCGGUCGUUGAUGAUUCUUGGGAAAGACGGAUUACCAUUGCCUUUAAGAAGUAUUUCCAGGCUGACUCUUGGCCGUCAGUUCUCUGUUUUCACUGGUUAAUGCCUCUAGGAAUGCAGUCAGUUUCUUCUCUGUGUGAUUUACCCGUCAAUCCAGAUGGUGAACGCUGGUCUAUAACGGAAAUACAGGCGAUGAUCCGUGAAUCGAGCAACCGAAUCUCAAAACAUGGAGUUUGUUAA